AUGGGAUUGGAGAUAGCAGGCAUGGGAUGUGUGGACAAAGCUUCAGGCCGCAGAAGUGUCAGCCAUGCAUCCCAGCCCUCGCUGCACGCCACUCGGGCAAAGCUCAACUACAUCAGAGCUCUUUCUAGCAAGCGCGCCUUUCACGUACGUUUCUUUCUCAUCUGCACGUAUUGCUUGUAGACGACUUGGCUGACGUCUUGGCUUGUGUUGUGCACGCGACUCAGCGCGCAAACUUGCUCGUCGAGCUUGUGCCGAAUCUCAUCGCAAUGGGACAGAGCCGAGAAGCCUUGGAAGAGAUCUCAAUGUGAGUGGCGUGCGCAUCGUUCACAUCUCGCUUUCAUGUACAUCGAGCCUGGUCUGACAGCGACGUCCAAAUGCGGUCCCCCCCCCCCACAAAGAGUCAUCACAUCCUGGCCCUUUCGAUCCGAACCCAUGCUGCACUUGUACGCUGGUUUGUUGAUCUUGCAGCUCGGUGCUCUCGAGCUUCCCACUGAGGACGUUCCCAAGGAGGAAGCGUCGAACAUGCGCGCCCCCGAAGUUCACAUACCUCCUUUUGAUCCGGAGCGGGAUGCGGAUCUCCUCCGCGUCGCUUCGCACCACUUUGAAGGAUGCAUCAAUGCCGGAGCGACCCAGUCGACCUUGAUCAACAUGGAAAGACAAAGAUUGCAGACUUCUCAGAAGCUCAAGACGAAAAAGGCAAAGAGGAGAAUGCGAAGCGGGCUGAAGAAGAGGAAACGAGGGAUCGCAGAGACGGAUGACAGUGGAGAGGAGGAGGAGGAGGAGGAGGAAGAGGAGCAAGGUGAAGGAGGAGAGGGCAAUGUGGAAGAUGCGAUAGAUAUCAAUACGAAUGCUGCGAGGGAUCAGUGGGCCGUCGAGAUGGCUCGCGCAUAUCUGGACCUGGUGCGUCCAUCGUGGCGCCAUGCGUCAUCAACGGGACUGCGCCAAUAUCAUGUCGCAUGCUGACCCAAUCUUUCGCGCGCCUGCCGCCUCCUGUUGCUCAGAUACGCACUUGGUUGCCGCGCAGGAGCCGUUCAGCUAGCGCGGCCGAGUCGCAAAGACGUCUGAAGCGCGAACUCAUCCAGGAGGGUCUGGAGUACAGAGAAAGGCGAGAAGGGUCUAGCAUUUCAUCUUCUUCUUCCUCCUCCUCCUCCAGCAGGACCAACGCUUCUGCUCCCUCGCAAGCUUCUUCAUCAUCCAGUCGAUCCGCCUCGGACGCGUCCAGAGCUUCGUCUGACAGCGAUAGUUCUGCCUCUGAUAGUGACUCGAGGUAG